AUGCCUGCGCGCGCGCCGCCCCGCGCCGCCGCCGCCGCCGCCGCCGCGGGCUCCCCGGGCUCCGCGCUCCCCGCGGGCUCCGCGCCGCCCCGGCCCCGGCCCGCCGCGCCGCGCCCCUGGCGCUGGCUGCUGCUGCUCGCGCUGCCCGCCGCCUGCUCCCCCGCGCCCGCGCCGCGCCCCGUCUACACCAACCACUGGGCGGUGCGGGUGCUCGGGGGCCCCGAGGCCGCCGACCGCGUGGCCGCCGCGCACGGCUACCGCAACCUGGGCCAGAUUGGGCCCCUGGAAGAUUACUACCAUUUCUACCACAGCAAAACCUUUAAGCGUUCCACCGUGAGCAGCAGAGGCCCUCACACCCUGCUGAGACUGGACCCCCAGGUGAAAUGGCUCCAGCAACAGGAAGUGAAACGCAGGGUGAAGAGGCAGGUGCCGAGAGACACACAGUCCCUUUAUUUCAACGACCCCAUUUGGUCCAAUAUGUGGUACCUGCAUUGUGGGGACAAGCACAGCCGCUGCCGGUCAGAGAUGAACGUCCAGGCGGCGUGGAGGCGGGGCUACACGGGCAAGAACGUCGUGGUCACCAUCCUGGAUGAUGGUAUCGAGAGGAAUCACCCGGACCUGGCCCCCAACUACGAUCCCUCCGCGAGCUACGAUGUCAAUGGAAAUGACUAUGACCCAUCGCCCCGCUAUGAUGCGAGCAACGAGAACAAACAUGGCACUCGUUGUGCGGGAGAAGUUGCUGCCUCAGCCAACAACUCUUACUGCAUCGUGGGCAUAGCAUACAAUGCUAAAAUAGGAGGCAUCCGCAUGCUGGACGGCGAUGUCACUGAUGUGGUUGAAGCUAAGUCGCUGGGCAUCAAACCCAACUACAUCGACAUUUACAGCUCCAGCUGGGGGCCAGAUGACGACGGGAAGACGGUGGACGGCCCCGGCCGACUGGCUAAACAGGCUUUCGAGUAUGGCAUUAAAAAGGGCCGGCAGGGGUUGGGUUCCAUCUUUGUCUGGGCCUCGGGGAACGGCGGGAGAGAGGGCGACCACUGCUCCUGCGACGGCUACACCAACAGCAUCUACACCAUCUCGGUGAGCAGCACCACGGAGAACGGCCACAAGCCCUGGUACCUGGAGGAGUGCGCGUCCACGCUGGCCACCACCUACAGCAGCGGCGCCUUCUACGAGCGCAAGAUCGUCACCACCGAUCUGCGGCAUCGCUGCACUGACGGCCACACCGGGACGUCCGUCUCGGCCCCCAUGGUGGCUGGCAUGCUCGCCUUGGCUCUAGAAGCAAACAGCCAGCUAACCUGGAGGGACGUCCAGCACCUGCUGGUGAAGACGUCUCGGCCCGCACACCUGAAGGCGAAUGACUGGAAGAUCAAUGGAGCCGGGCGUAAAGUUAGCCAUCUCUAUGGAUUUGGCUUGGUGGAUGCAGAAGCUCUGGUGGUGGAGGCGAAGAAGUGGACCGCUGUCCCGUCCCAGCACACAUGCGUGGCUGCCACGGACAAGAGGCCCAGGAGCAUCCCCAUAGCGCACGUGCUGAGGACCACGGCCCUGACCCACGCCUGCGCCGACCACUCGGACCAGCGCGUGGUCUACCUGGAGCACGUGGUGGCCCGCAUCUCCAUCUCGCACCCGCGCCGGGGCGACCUCCAGAUCCACCUGACUUCUCCCUCGGGGACCAGGUCGCAACUUCUGGCCAAGAGAUUGCUGGACUUUUCCAGCGAGGGAUUUACAAACUGGGAGUUCAUGACCGUCCACUGUUGGGGAGAGAAGGCGGAAGGCGAAUGGACCUUAGAAAUCCAAGACCUGCCCUCGCAGGUGCGCAACCCGGACAAGCAAGGAAAGUUGAAGGAGUGGAGCCUGAUCCUGUACGGCACCGCGGAGCACCCCCACCGGGCCUUCAGCUCCCACCAGUCCCGCUCCCGGAUGCUGGAGCUCUCAGCCCUGGAGACGGCGCCCCCCGUGGCCGCUAGCCCGUCGGUCCAGGCGGAGCUGCCCGAGGAGGAGGAAGAUUAUCUAGCUCCUCACAUCCAAGACUCUCCUAAUAUUAUACAAACCAGUGAGUGCCAUCCUGAGUGUGGUACCAAAGGCUGCGAUGGUCCCAAUGCUGACCAGUGCUUGAACUGUGUCCACUUCAGCCUGGGAAACUCCAAGACCGGCAGGAAGUGUGUGAGCGAGUGCCCCUUGGGCUAUUUUGGGGACUCCGCCGCACGCCGGUGCCGCCGGUGCCACAGGGGCUGUGAUACGUGCUCGGGCCGCAGCCAGACCCAGUGCCUGUCGUGCCGGCGUGGCUUCUAUUACCACCAGGAGAUCAACGCCUGUGUGAUCCAGUGUCCCGCUGGGUUCUAUGCGGAUGACAGUCAGAAAAACUGCCUUAAGUGCCACCCAAGCUGUAAAAAGUGCAUGGGGGAACCGGAGCUGUGUACAGACUGUAAGGAAGGAUUCAGCGUCACCCGGGGAAGCUGCAUUCCAAACUGUGAGCCUGGAACCUACUUCGAUUCAGAGCUAAUCAGAUGUGGGCAGUGCCAUCACACCUGCCGAACCUGCGUGGGGCCCAGCAGAGAAGAAUGCAUCCACUGUGCCCCAAACUUACAUUUCCAAGACUGGAAGUGUGUGCCGGAUUGCAGCGAGGGCUUCUACGCGGAGAAGACGCCCGGCGUGCCCCACAAAGUGUGUCAAAGGUGUGAGGAGAACUGUGCCAGCUGUGAGGACUCCAGCCAGAACUGCAGCCGGUGCAAGGCGGGCUUCACACAGCUGGGGAGCUCGUGCAUCACCAACCACACCUGCAGCAACGCUGACGAGACCUUCUGCGAGAUGGUGAAAUCCAACCGGCUCUGCGAGCGGAAGCUCUUCAUCCACUUCUGCUGCCGCACGUGCCUGCUGGCGGGGUAGGAGCGCCGGCUGCAGGUCCACUACCCAUCCGUCCGCCUUCCUCUAGACUGUCGGCCAGAAUCUCGUUCCAGGGGCGAUCCCCUGCACCUGACAGCUUUAUCUCCCCGUGAGCUGGGUACUCCCACACGCCCCCCGCCCAGGGGAACCCGAACCAAGUGGAUGGUGGCUCCGGACAUGGUGUUUCCAGGCUCUGGCAAACCUUACAACAGGAACAAAAAUGAAAUGCGAGCUCUGGCUUUGGAACAGCUUCUAGGACCCUAAGUUUACUGAAUCUUCAAGACCAAAGCAGAAGGAACGAUCCCGUGCCAUGGCGUGCGGUCCGGCCAGCGGGACCCCGGGGCCACCCUCGCGGGAGCAUCGCUUGCUGCCGAGCAGCCUGGAGGAUGGUUAGAUGGGAUGGUUCAGUGAAACACGCUUCGGGCCAUAGGCUAGACGACCACUGCGGCUGGAACGGGUUUCUGCGGAGUCAGCUCCUCUAGAAAGAGCAGCAGUGGCCCAGAAGGUCCAAUGCCGACCGCAUGCAACGCUGGGCCUCUCUGGGUACAAUCCUCUCGGGGCAGACUGUGUUGUCCGGUCUCUCAGGCCUGGACCACCACCUCUACCUGAUUCAGAACCUUCCGAGGAGAGUCCCCAGGAGGCCAGUCAGAAGAUGCCCGGAUGGACCGGCCGAGCCACGCCCUCUCAACAACAUAUAAAGCCAGCCUAGGAAGCGCUAGUCACGCAUGGAAUUGCAUCUGCAGGUCCACUUGGCCUCAUGCUCAGGAGAUUCCAUCUCCAGUCGGACGCUGCUGCGUCUGUGUAGGGCGAGACGCCUACGACGGCACAGCCAGAUCCAUUUCUGCCAAACCUGUGUAGGCAUUUUAUAAGCGACAUGUUCUAAUUUUUACUGAUAAAUAUCUCAUAUAUUUUCAUUGAAAUGCACAGAUCUGCUUGAUUUCCCCCCCCCCACACUCAAAUAUGGGAAUAACAUUUGCCUUAAAUUUUUGCAACCUCGUCUCUCCAUGUUGUCCUGCUUUCUUUUCUGAUGACAACGCAUUUGCCUGGUCGUUGUCGCCUGCGAGCUGGCAGAGAAGCAGGCUGCAGUCUGUUGAGCUCACCCCCACCCAGAACAAAAGAAAUCAGAGAAGCAAAUACUAUGUUAAUCCUAAAUUAAUAAAAAGCGUUUAACUUCCUAUA